CAGAGUAAGCAACCUUCUUCCUUUCCUUAUUCAUUUUUCUUUCUCCAUCGCUUCUUCAACACAUAACCAACGAACUCUCACCACCACACCUAAUAUCGUUGCCACCCAAUCUGUCUCUGUCCUUAAACUCAAAGAAAACUAAAAGUCCUGUAACAAAUCAUUUUCAAUUUCUCCCUUUAUACGUAGAAAUCUCACAUCAAACCGACUGUGAUAUAUAAAAAAGGAAGAGUUAGAUGCAUAAGCAAGUCAAGAGAAAAUAAAAUUCAGAAACAAAAAAAAAAAAAAACAUGAGUACCGCUAGAUUCAUCAAGUGUGUGACCGUGGGCGACGGCGCCGUCGGGAAAACGUGCAUGCUCAUUUCUUACACUAGUAAUACUUUCCCAACGGAUUAUGUUCCGACGGUGUUCGACAACUUUAGCGCCAAUGUCGUCGUCGAUGGAAAUACGGUCAACAUUGGCCUCUGGGAUACCGCAGGGCAAGAAGAUUACAACAGGCUGCGCCCUCUAAGUUAUAGAGGAGCUGAUGUGUUUUUGCUGGCGUUUUCUCUCAUCAGCAAAGCUAGCUAUGAGAACAUUUACAAGAAGUGGAUUCCAGAGUUAAGGCACUAUUCUCCAAAUGUGCCGAUUGUGCUUGUUGGAACCAAAAUGGAUUUGCGAGAAGAUAAGCAAUUCCUGUGCGAUCAUCCAGCUGCAGUUCCUAUAACAAACGCGCAGGGAGAAGAAUUGAAGAAGAUGAUUGGAGCAGUAGCUUAUAUAGAGUGUAGUGCCAAAACCCAACAGAAUGUGAAAGCUGUGUUUGACACAGCAAUAAAAGUGGUUUUGCGACCACCGAAAAUGAAGAAAAAGGCCCGCAAGUCUAGAAGAUGCAAUUUCCUUUGAAUUAAUUUUGUAUUUGUGCCCCUAAAAAAAUUGUAUCUCAUUUAUAAUAGUGCAAGAUUUAUUCUCUUCUUCUUUUUUGAUAGAUGAACAAUUAAAUAAGAAAAUUUAAAGACUA